GAGUGUAUAAAAGGAGGCUAGUUGGCUACUUGUAUGGCAUGAGAAGUUUCGUCGAUAAAUCAGCAGCUCAAAGAAGACAUCAGAAGAAAGAUUUUUCGAUUUACCAAUUCAUUCCGAAUUCUUCAAACGAACUCAUGGCAGGAUUCCAGAUCUCCAUCAUCGCAGGGAAAGAUGCGCAGUCUUGCUCCGUAACUGCCUCAGGGCAAGUCCAGCAUAUUAUCACCGAUGAGGAGAUGGAAACUUUCAAAGUAACCAAUGGUGAACUGAUGAUGGCCCUCUAUAAGGGUAACGGAAGAAUGCCAACCCUUCCGUAUUUGCACGCCCCAACUCCUCCGUUUGGGAAUUUGUACGAAAUGUUUAACUCGACGCAAACUAGCACAAUUAUGAGUAUCACUUCUGCUGAAAUUUUGGGGAUCACAUCUGAACCAGUGAUCUUGAAGACACAGGAAUUUGAUAACAGCAGCUCCGUUGAAGCGACGUUCAAUGUUUCCAUUUCCGAUUCUGUAUCGGAAACUGCUACCUCCACGUGGUCGACAGGUGGAACAUUCACCAUUGGUCAGAGUAUCUCUUACAAUAUUGGUUUCCUUGGUUCCAGUGUUGGAGGUGAGACUAGCCUUUCGUACAGCCAGUCGUGGGGGAUAGGCGGUAGUGAAUCAAAGACAGUUACGAUUGGCUCGAACUCUGGAAUGCAAGUUACCCUGAAGCCAGGACAGAAGGUUAUUGCCGAGCUGACCGCUAGUCGCGGAGUGAUGAAGGUUCGUGUUCGCUACAAUGCUCGACUGGCUGGAUGCACAGUUGUUUACUACUUCCCUAAACACAAGGGUAAUGAUUAUUAUUCGUUUUCUACGCCAGUCGUCAUGUCAAACGGGGGAGUCAACAAUUCGAUUGUAUCAACCGAAGACAUUGAGAUCGGCUACUUUUCAAAUGGGAAGAUAACUGUGUUAGAUGGAGUCACCAAGAAACUACAGGAAACUUUCCAAGUUGAUGACUCUGUUCUGUUCAGUAAUCGAGAAGACGGUGGCGAUCCAUUCAAGGAAUAACUGCCAUGAUGCGGAUAUUCACAGCAGAGAAACUUUAACAUUGUGUAGACUGUAGAAUACUGUAGUUAGUAGUUAGUUUUCUGCAUGCAUGCAUGCAUGUAUACAGAUAUCAUUGUAGCUGCUUAGUUGUUGCUUAGAGAUUUAUGCUUGAUAAAAAUUAAUUCGCGAA